AUGACUGACUACGACUUUUCAGAUGUCACGCCCAUCAAUUUAAAUAGCAACGAGCCUCAGCUAUGCCAGAUAAUGUACGAUGAAGAAUACAAAUCAACAAUGGGCACGCUAUUGGCACUCAUGCAACGAAAAGAAUAUUCCCGUAGAGCACUUUAUUUGACUGAAUUGGGAAUUGAACUAUUGGCUUCACACUAUACUACAUGGAUAUACCGUUUCAGUAUCUUGCAGAACCUACCAAAUACAAAUUAUGAUGACGAAUUGGAUUGGUGUGAGCAAGUUGCUUUGGAUAAUGAGAAAAACUACCAAAUAUGGAAUUAUCGUCAGUUAAUCAUCAAUGAAAUAGUGAAAAACGAAGAGGACAAGAAAGGACGCAAGUUUGAUCCUCAUCGUGAAUUUCCAAUUCUAGAGGCUAUGUUAGAUUCUGACCCUAAAAACCAUCAUGUGUGGUCCUAUAGAAAAUGGCUUGUUGAAAAGUUUGAUCUAUUUAAUGACGAAAAAGAACGAUCCUUUGUGGACCAAGCUAUUAAUGCUGAUCUUCUAAACAACAGCGCCUGGAGUCACCGAUUCUUUUUAAAUUUUGUACAAGAUACAACUCCAAGUGUGGAAACAAUCAAUAGUGAAAUUGCUUAUGUUAAAGGUAAAAUAACGCAAUGUCCUCAAAAUGCCAGCUCGUGGAACUACUUAGAGGGUAUUUACGAUAAAUUGGACAUGGACAUGGACUUGACUGAUUUGGAGGAAUUUGCAAAUGACUUUGUCAAUCUUGAUUCAGGAAGAAUAAAAAGCUCCUUUGCAUUGGAGCUCUUGGUCAGAAUCAGUAAACAAAAAGGCGACAGUGAGAAAACUGCUGCAUAUAGCAAGGUGCUUCAGGGUUUGUAUAACAAAUAA